GGCGUUGGCGUUAACUCCCUAGUUUUAAGAUCGCGCUGCAUCGUGACUGCAGCGGCCGGCAUCGACCGCCCUUUAUCUCGUUGUUUGUUCUGCCGGAGAGCAGUCGUCGUUAGUACCUCUUGGACCGCCCUGUGCAGCGGUCGUCAGUCGCGGCACCAAUUCGUUGCCCAAACAAUAGAGCUUGUUGUGGCACAGCGAACGCAACCACCGACGACGACCCACAAAAGCCGCAGCUCUGUAACUCGAUCCAGUCCGAGGCGCUUUCGAGUCAACAACUGGCCCAGGUCUCUGCUCCCUCUCCGGUUCAGUUCAUUUACGUCGGAUUAGCCGUGUAGGCUGUUUAAAAUGUAUCGCGCUACGGAAAUCGGCAGCGAAGAAACUCUGCCAGCUCUGGCGGAGCUCACCUAUGAAAAGGAGGCACGGGACAUUGAGUGGAGCAGCUGGAGGGGAGAACGAGUCCGGUUAAAGCGAGCCCAUCGAAGCUCCCUGCCCAACUAUGGCUUUGCUCCUCCGCCGGUACGAUUGGAGUACAGAUAUCCGCGCGCUGUUUUCUUCGUUCUGGCCACAAAGUUCUUUGAGGCCUUUGCAGCCAACGGCAUUCGCACCGUUCUCGCCCUCUAUCUGCGCGACGAUCUCAACUUCACCCAGAGCUUCUCCACGGUGGUGCUGCACAUCUUUAACUUCUUCGGCCAGUUUUGUCCGAUCAUUGGUGCCAUCCUGGCGGACAGCUAUAUGGGCAAUGUGCGGACGAUCUCAGGAUUCAGUUUUAUCUACGCAUUUGGUUGGUUUCUGCUUGUUCUGACAUCCCUGCCCGGCAUGGGACUCCCCAUGGUCCUCCUUGUCUCCAUCGCCUUGUUAUUUGUCGCCGUGGGCAAUGGCUCGAUCCGGGCCUGCAUUACCUCCCUAGGUGCUUUGCAAUUCAAGCUGCCAGAGCAAAGUGUCCAUCUUGCCGAGUACUUCUCCUUCUACUAUUUCGUCUAUUAUUUUGGCAUCUUUCUAAGCAAGAUCGUCCCGCCAUUGGUGAGGGCCAACACACAGUGCUUUGACAAGGCGGAGUGCUAUCCGGCUGUAUUCGGCACCUUGGGCACUUCUUUCUUGGUGGCCUGGAUUAUUUUUUUGGCGGGCAAAUACUACUACAAGUCCGAAAAGCUGGCCGAUGACAAUAUCCUCUUCAAAUUCUGCGGCUGCAUUAAGACGGCUCUGGUGGAGAAGUGGCGACGGCGAAAGUCCCUCAAGCGCUCCAGCUACUGGCUCCACAAUGCAGUUGGAGCCUAUGAUGAAGGCUUCGUCAACGAUGUUUCCAGAGUUUUGAGGAUAUCCAAGCUGUUCAUUCCCUUGCCCUUUUACUUUGCUCUGCUGGCGCAACAGGACUCAAGCUGGACCUUUCAAGCCACUCAGAUGAACACCACAGUUCUGGGCGUGACUAUCCAACCAGAUCAGGCCAAGGCCGUGGGUCCAAUCUUUCUCUUUAUGCUCAUUCCCUUGUGGCAGUAUUUAACCGUGCCACUGCUUCGUCGCUACUUCAAUUGGGAACUGCAGCCGCUUCACAGUGUGACGGUGGGAGGAAUUUGUUCUGCCGGCGCCUUCUUCUGUGCGGGAGCUUUGCAAGAACGUAUAACGAGUUCCCCUCUCCAAACAGUAAACAUUGCCUGGCAGCUGCCGCAAUUCUUACUGCUCAUGAUGGGCGAGCUGCUGCUCUCCAUUCCCGGCCUCCAGUUUGCCUUCACCCAAGCGCCGACCUCUAUGAAGUCGGUGGUCACGGCUGCCUGGUUCCUGAACAACGCCUUCGGUAAUCUCAUCGUGGUCCUGGUCACCGAAUUGGGUAUGCUUAGCUCCCAAAUGGCCGAGUACUUCUUUUAUGCGGUGGUUAUGCUGGUUUGCAUAAUUCUCUUCGCUCUACUGGCCUUCGACUACACGCUGCAGGAGCGAAAGGGAGGUCUGUAUGUGAGGGGAUUGGACCUCGAUCCCGAGGAGCAGGAUCUGCCCAGCACGAGUCGCAGUGACAGCAUUUAAGAGAGUUUCUGCUCUCUAGUAUUUCCAUUGCACUUGUAAUUUAUUAAGGUACGCACACAGAUAAACACACAUUUAACUGAAAAUAAAUAAAAGCUAUGCAACUAUGAAACUAGUUGCGGAAUCAGUCGAGUA